AUGGACUCUUUUUUCUUCCUGUUACAAUCAGAAAUAGCAAUACCUUUUUUUCGAAUCCCUAUCUCUUUCCUGCAUACGGUUUCGGUUCCGUUCCGUCAGAAAGAAGGGAAGCGACCAGUUGGAUCAAGAAUGACUUCCACAUCCAUCAAUGUUGGUCUGAAUGACAACACUCGCGCGUCAAGCCGGGUGCUCCGUCCUCCUGGUGGCGGCCACACUGAUAUCUUUGGUGGGGAACCUGAACCUCAGCCUCCUACUCCGAGACGCGGAGGUCCACCCCCUUCCGGCAUUGGUGCCGUUGUAGCUCAAGAGGAGACAAAGCCUACAAACGGACAGGCUACAGAAACGCCCAGCCAGAACGGUCAAAAUGGUCAAAGCACUCCACCAGAGCCUGCUCCAGAACCCAAACAAAACAGUCCAGUAAAGCCUGAACCAGCUGCCCAACCUCCACCCAAGGUAGAGGCUCCCAAACGCGUACGUGUACCGCCAGGAGGUUUCUCCUCAGGGCUCUGGUAA